UCAAAUAAAUCAGUCUAAAUUGUCAUUUAUUGUCACUUAAAAACAAACUUUUAAUCCUAAAUGACGGGACCAUUCUAAAAAAGGGUAGACGGAAAUUCAGGGUCAAAGUUCAACCGCACGGCGGGAUUUGAGAUGUUUAUUUUUCGGAGAAGUGAAAUCCAACUUUAGUUUAGUUCCCGUUUUUGCCUGUAACAAAUCAAACAUUCUUCAGUUUGCUAUUGACAAAAUUUCCUCAAAAUGCCUGUCAUCAAGUUGCAGCAUGUUGUGUCAUGCAGUAGCGAAGAUACGACCCACAAGGCAGACAACCUGUUAAAGCCAGAAAGCUACCGCAAAUGGAAAUGCGCUGAGAAUGCCAAAAGACACGCGUCUGUUAUCCUGCAGUUUGAGAAAGCCUCCCAGAUCCAUUCCAUCGAUGUUGGCAAUGAGAGCUCGGCAUUCGUGGAGAUCUUGGUCGGUCAUUCUACCUCCACUGCUUUGGAUGAUUAUCAGGUGGUCCUAGUGACGUCGUCGUUCAUGAGUCCCAUGGACAGCAAGAAUGGCAUUAACACCAACCGCGUCCGCAUGUUCGGACCGGACAAGCUGUCCAAAGCUGUCGCGGACAAGAAGUGGGACCGUGCCAAAAUAGUCUGCUCCCAACCCUUCAACAAGUUUCUGUCGUACGGCCUGUCUUUCGUCAAGUUUCAUGCGCCACCAACGGAGGAAGAAACAUCAUCUGGACAGCAUGGCCAACAAUCUCAGCAGACUACCUCCAAACUGGGCAUGUUCAAAUUGAAGGAAGACGCCAAAGCAUCCUCCAUCUCCCCGGGGAGUUUCUUCAAAAGCAGGAGCUCCAUAAAGGCAGACCCAGCGCCUCUAACAGGUGCUGCAGCAGUCCGUGCAGCAGCCACGGUAGCAGCGGCAUCUCUCACAAGCUCAGUCACAACAUCACAGGCGACUACCGCUUCAACGGCAUCUAACCAGACCCAGCAAAGAGCACCCAAGACAACCCCCUCCACCACCACACACAGACAGAGUGACACCAGGAGUGACACACCCCAGAAGACAACCCAGAAAAGGAGACUGUCAGAUGAGGACGAGGCGCCCUCCAAACGGGCGGACAGUAAGGUAGCGGCUGGAAGGAGAAACGACGCAGACAAAGAGAAGGGAAGGAGUAAAGCCCCACCCCCAAUGAAGAGUAGAGAGGAAGCGCCAAAAAAGCCAAAGUCCAAGCCCUUUGAGAGGCUGAUGGAGGGGGUGACGUUCGUCUUGAGUGGUUUCCAGAAUCCUCUCAGGGGUGACCUUAGGGAGAAGGCCAUGGAGAUGGGAGCCAAAUACCGGCCAGACUGGGGGCCUGGAUGCACGCAUCUCAUCUGUGCCUUUGCUAAUACACCAAAGUUCAACCAGGUCAAAAACAAGGGCAAGAUAGUCACCAAGGGCUGGAUUCUAGAUUCCUACAAGAAGAAGUCUCUACACCCAUGGAGGAGGUAUAGUAUGGUGACAGAGAGUGACGACGACGGCUCUAGCUACGAGGAGGAGAGCGAAACGGAUGAAGAGGAUGACUGGGAACCACCCAGGAGGAAGAAACCAUCGCCUCAGAAAGCCACGCCCAGCAAAGCCAUGCCGAAGAAUGCCACACCCAAAAAGGCCACACCCAAGAAAGCCACUCCCAAAGAUGCAGGGGAUGGGAAUAACAGUGACCAGGGAACGUCAGAGGCUGCUCAAAGGACAAAACCCUCCAAGCCUGAUGUCGAGGGAGACGACGAUUGCAGCACGACAGACAUUGACAGCGACACUGAGAAUGUUGUGAGGAGGGCUGCUGCAUCCAAGCAGCAUGACGACGUAUCGUCUGGAGGCGACACAGAGGAUGAACUCAGGAGGAUACGAGAAAAAGGAGCCACUGACGCCAAGGCAGCCGCCAAAGACAACUACGACAGCUCGACGGACGAAGAGACAUAUAUCCCAACGUCGAGCAAGCCAGAGGGCGCUACACCUUCCUUAAACGACAUCCCUGACUUGCCAGAUUUCUUUGCCGACAAGAUUUUCUUUCUGUACGGCAAAUUUGAUGCGGAGGAAAGGAGGCAGAUCAGCAGACUGAUCGUCACUUUUGAAGGGACUGUGGAGGACUACAUGACCGAUGAGGUAUCUUACGUGAUAACCAACUCAGAGUGGGAUGCAGACUUUGACAAGGCUUUGUCAGAUCACCCUGGGUUGUCGUUUGUCCGUCCCAAAUGGAUCUACGUCUGCUCUGAGAAAUCCAAGAUGGUGCCUUACCAACCCUACAUCGUGGUGCCAAGUUGAAAAAAGGAAGAUUUGAUAACAAAAAGUUUAAUAGUCAGUUUUGUACUGAAAUAGUUUUAACAAGGUCAGCGCGCCCUCAAUUGACAUAUUUUUGGGAAGGGGGUUCAUUAUACAGUCGGGUUUCGAAAAACAGAUACAAUAAUGAGUAUUUUCAUAGAGAUAAUGUUGUACUAUUAAACUAUUCAAAGUCUCAAAGAAACAAAUCUGCCAAAUAAACCAAUAAAUCAUUUUUUCCUGUGCCAACAGUGACUUUAGAGGAUAAUGAAAUCGGAGCAUAUACAUGUACAUCAUAUAGGACCUGCAUACAAUAACCAAGCCUCUUCAUUAGACCAUUGCAUUUUGUGCUUAUGCACACUCCUUAGGCCUUUUACAAAAAACGUGACACACAGACAUCAGACACAAAGACAACAGACAGACAGCUUAGGAUCUUUUGAUAUAGGAUAGGAUGCCAACUUGCAAGUCGCAGUUUAGAAGGGCCCAAGUAAUAUGGGGGCAGUUGAUGAGUGCAGUUGUAAGAAUAAUUUCACGAGAUGACGGAUGGAAUUGUUCCAUUCCACGAGGUGAAGCCGAGUGGAAUGGAACAUACCAUCUGUCAACGAAUUAAAAUAUUCUUUCCAUUGCAUGAAUGUGAAACAUUCCGGUUUUUUUUAUUCAAACAGCAGCUGAAUAAAUCCUUGUACUUGAUCUGUCUGGUAACUUGUAAACUGGUACUCUGUACAUCAUCAGAACUGUGUUAUAGCACAACCGAUAUGUGACUAAAUAAUGAAAGGUUUGCAGAAACACAGGAGAGUGCCUAAACUCUAGGAAAGUAAACACUCGAUGAAGUGUGAAGUUGCAUCCUGUGUGGAUGCCAAGUACGUAGCUGGGAUCCUAGAGCAAGCUUGGUGCCUGUGCGAGCUAUAGGUACCUGUGCAUGGAAGUUCAAUAUACCGUAGAAUGGAACUUCUAUUUUUGCCGUGUCGCUGCGCCGUUUAUCUGGACAAAUAAUUGAAUGAGCCACCAAUCAGAUGACUGUGAUUGAUUCAGGCGUUGUAUAAUACAGUAGAUUAUUUUUUAAAGUGCAUCAUGAAGUACAUAAGAAUGAGAAUACCAAAACUGUAGGAUGUCAUGAAGUGAUUGGAAUGAAAUUCACCAGAGUCAAAUUGUGCUCCACUAUUACAAGUUCACAGCCAAAAAACAUGUAUUCCUCAAGCCAGAAAUUCACAAAAUUGUUGAAUAAACUGUUUUUAAACGGUACAUGCAAACUCUGUUGUUCAGUUUGAAACUUUACAUUUUACGUGGUGAAUUGGGAAAGAAUGUAGUAUCCAGACGCCACGUCUUUGGUUGUGAACAAAGUCUAUUGGAGAGUUGAGUGCAUUUUCCAAAUUGGAACGUUUUCAGUCCCAGAUGCAUGUCUUUUCAACAUAUUUUGCAACGAUUGACCUUCAUUGAGAUAAUACAUGAUGAAAAAUGUGGCGUCAGGAUGCAACAUUUUUGUCCUUGAUUUGGAUGGAAUUUGACCACAAAACCAUGUUUUCAAAGUUCAAACCACGAAUACAGUAUUUCAGCAACUACACUGUAUUGUAGCGUAGACAGACCACAAGAAAACAAAACAGUCGCAAUGUCGAAUCAAUUUUUGCUGCAGUAACAAUAUUAAGUUUCAUUUAGUAAAUUA